UCUCUGCGUAGUUUCAGCAACAAUGUCUUCAGUUCAGCAUCUGAGAGAGUUUAUCAGAGAGCGACUAACUGCUGCUGCUGAAGAAAUCUUCUCAGAGGUUGAGAAAACCAUCGUCCGCUACGAGGAAGACGCCAGACGGCUGGAAAGCUGCUGGAGACCCCAGAUAAAGACCACCAGAAUCGACCUCCAGAAGCCACAUGUCUCCAUGGAGGAGGAAGCUUCUGCCAUUCAACAGCUCUGCAACCAGAGGAGAAGGUCCAGUCAUGACCAGGAGGAAGCAGAACCUCCACUUAUUAAAGAGGAAAAGGAGGAACCAGAACUUUUCCUGAUUAAAGUAGAAAAUGUGGAGCCUGAGUCUUCAUUAGUUGAAGAGGAAAAACAUCAACCAGAACCACUAAUUGAACACCAAGAGGACCCAGAACUUCCAAUGACUGAAGAAGAAAAGGAGGAACCUGAUUUUUCAAAGCUUAGACAUGAACAGUUGGAUCCAGAACAUUUAGCAAUUAAACAGGAGCAGGAGGAUGUCUGCAGCAGUCAGGAGGGAGAGCAGCUUGUCCAGAAGCAGUCUGUUGCUCUAAUGGAGACCUUUACCCUUCAGGAACAUGAAGGAGAACCAAGAACUGAGCAGCUUUCCUUUCAUAUCUCUCCUGUAGUUCAGACCAAAGAUCAGGAAGGAAGCAGCUCCACUGGGUCAGAGAGUCAGUCUUUCACUGACACUAAGAAAAUGUCUUUAAAAUGUGAUGUUUGUGGAAAGUCCUGGAAAGCGAAGUCUGACUUAAAAAAGCAUUACAGAAUCCACACUGGAGAGAGACCCUUUACUUGCCAGACAUGUGGAAAAAGCUUCACUCGGCGGCAUCAUUUAAACCUUCAUAGCAAAACUCAUACAGGUGAAAGGCCUUUUCCCUGUCAGACAUGUGGAAAAGGUUUCACUUAUAAGGGUAAUUUAAAAGCACAUAUGAGAACCCACACAGGUGAGAAGCCCUUUCCUUGUCAGACAUGUGGAAAAAGUUUCUCUCAGCUUUUUGAUUUAAAUCGUCACAUUAGAACUCACACAGUGGAGAAGCAUUUUUCUUGUCAGACAUGUGGAAAAGGUUUCACUCAAGUAGCCAGUUUAAAUUUUCACAUGAGAAUCCACACAGGUGAAAGACUUUUUUUCUUGUCAGACAUGUGGAAAAGGUUUCACUUGUAACAGUCAUUUAAAAAAUCACAUGAAAACCCACACAGGUGAGAGGCCUUUUUCUUGUCAGACAUGUGGAAAAAGUUUCUCUCAGCUUUUUGGUUUAAAUCGUCACAUUAGAACUCACAC